AUGACUACCAUGAAAGCUCUCGUCUCGAACCGCAGCAUCAUCACACGACUUAUCAACGCGACGCGCUCUAAAGCCAUUGGCGGCCAGGGCGGUCGCGUCCAAGACGAUAUCCCCAUCCCCAGCAUCACCCCCAACGAAAUCCUCGUCAAAGUCAAAGCUGUAGCCCUCAACCCGACAGACUUUAAACAUCUCGACAUCAUCUCUCCCCCCAAUUCGAUCAUCGGAUGCGAUUACGCAGGUGUUGUUCAUCAAGUAGGAGACUCUGUCAAGGAUAAAUGGAAGAUUGGCGAUCGUGUUGCUGGCGCUGUGCAUGGCGGGUUGUAUCCUGACAAGGGUGCAUUCGCAGAGUAUUUGAAGAUCGAUGCGGAUCUGGCGUGGAAAGUACCUGAGCACAUCAGCGAUACUGAGGCAACGACAUAUGGUGUCUCUGCUGUGACGGCCAUGCUGGUCCUCAACGUCCACCACGGGCUUCCGUUCCUUGACACGAAGCCUGUGUCUCCCAAUAACGAAGUCAUAUUCAUUUACGCCGGAUCGACCAGUGCAGGGCUAUAUCAUAUCCAACUCGCAAAAGCAGCUGGGUGCACAGUCGUCACGACUGCCUCCCCACGUUCAACCCAGCUUGUUAGGCAAUACGGGGCCGAUGCAGUAUUCGACUAUAAUUCACCCUCCGUCGCAGAAGAUAUUAUCAAAGAGUAUCCCAAGAUCACAAAAGCGGUGGACUGCUUCUCCGAGGGCAAGUCAACAUCCAUCUGCGCCGCUGUGCUCAAGCCCAGUGGCGGUAAGGUGGUAACCCUAUUACCCAACGGCAAGUCCAGUACUCCUGGCGUGACUUACGAUCUCGUCAUGUCGUAUACAGCUAUGGGCCACGCUUUUCAGUGGCUACCGCCAAUUGGACCCAAGUUCGAAGCCAGGCCACAGGACCGUGCGGCCCUUGUUCGCUUCUAUGAGACCCUACCUCGAAUUACACAUAUCUUGAAACCUAUCCCGACUAUUGAGCUGAAGAAUGGCUUUGAUGGUAUAUUUGAGGGGUUGGAUAAAUUGCGGGCGGGUCAGGUAGCGGGAGGCAAGGUGGUUGUCCGAUUUAAUGAAGGAGAGUAA